AUGCUGUAUUCAAAACGUAACUUAAGAUAUUCACUUAAUUCAUAUAGUUUUAACGUAAUUGUGAAUGCCGCCCCGAUCCAAAACCCCUUUGUCCUCGUGACUGAUGCUGAUCGGCCAGAAGCAGGAGUGGGUGAAAAUUUAAUAAAUACCGGUAGACAGGCUUUGAGAAAUUUUAGAAAAGCGCUCGAAGCAUCGUUAAAUAAAUUCAAAAAUACAAAACCAAAAAAUGAUCACGUAGAAAUAGCUAUUGAGAAAGCUAUUGAGAAAGCAAUUGAAAAUUUACGUGAUCAUUUUUGUGAGUAUGAAAAUUUUCCCGAAGCCUUGCCUAAUAAUGAAUCUAAGGGUCCUAAUGAAGUUGACUCUAACGAAGUUAAAUCUAAGGGCCCUAAUGAAGCUGUAUCCAAAGUUGAAACCAAGGGCCCUGAUGAAGUUGAAACCAAGGGCCCUAAUGAAGUUGAAACCAAGGGCCCUAAUGAAGUUGAAACAAAGGGCCCUAAUGAAGUCGAAUCCAAGGGCAAAAAAAGAAAAAAGUCACCCAACACAAGACAUGCUAAUAAAAAACGGAAGACCAAAACAGUUGCUAUUAAGAUUGGUACGUCAUCAAUGUCAGAUGACGUAACAUCCAAAAAACUGAUAACAAAUGCGACUGAAAACAUGAGGAGUGACCUUCCGGAAAUCCCUAAAAUCCAUGAUUCGUUAUUUGCAAAUAUGACAACAGGCUUUCAUUCAGAUAAUGAAGCAUGGGAGAUUUUAGAAUAUUUAGAAGACAGGGUGCUUACAUCUUCUUUUAAAAGUAAUUGCAUGUCGCAUCCAACAGUAAAUAAGUUUCAUGCAGACACCUUCGAAGCUUAUUUUGGAGCCUACUAUCAUGCAGUGGAGGAGUUGCAUACCUGUAGAUAUCUAGAUAGUUUGAUGACUCCACUGCUAGAUCUUAUUCUCGAAGAUAUCAAGUUCGGUAAAACAGACAUAGGGAUUCAUACGAAAUAG